AUGGAUAAUGCAGCGGAGAAAAGACCAGAGGUGCGGUAUUUGGGCAAUGACGUUGCGAUGAGCGCCUCAACACCGCAUGGAUCGCCAGAGCCCAGCAACAACCCGGUCCUGCGAAUGAAAGACCCAAAAUCCUUUACUCAAAAUUUGUUUGAUACUCUCGCGUUGAGAAUGAUUGAAUGGCUACCGCUCCGUCGCUCUCCCGGCUCGUUUGACCUUGACCACAGCCGCUCAAUCAACCGCGAAACUCCCCGGUCUCCGAAUUCGGAUACCUGUCAAGCUCAUGUAGAUUCGGACAAGGAUCAACCUCAUUACAGACAGCGUCCAUAUCAAGCCGGCGGCGGAAGUAACCCCCAAACUCCUUCGUCGCGGAGUGCCGGAGGUCAAACUACUGCAAUGGAAUGGAGACUACCGAACCAGCAAUUCAAACGGCUAUCGCUAACGGAGGUUGAUUUGCGGCGCUCAAAUUCGAAAUCAAGUCUUGAUGAGAAGUCACUGCCUGAAUUGAAACCGGCGCGAAAGCUCUCAGUCAGUGCACAUACGGAUGCAAGUGCUGAUGACUUUGUCAAUCUCCCUUCGCCGCCGGCGCUCAAGCAUCGUCCUCAAAAACAUCGCGGAAGAGCUGUUGAUGCGAAUCCUACUCAACCGCAUGAACAACCGAGAAAGGAGAGACGUGUCUCUUGGGACGGAGCGAAGUUCUUAAAUGAUGUUCAGUCCUUACACCAGCAGGACAAUAAAUCGCACACUCCGAAACACCAGCCAAAUUCUGACCAUUGUCAUCAUAACAGCUCGCACAUGGUACAAGAAGUUUCUGCCAUCCAGUCGCUAAGUCAUCUUAAUAGCGAGAUAAUUGACGGUUUGCAACGAAUGCUUAUACUCUCUGACGAGGAAGCUGAGAAAUGGAGGGAGGAGCUGGCUUUGAUGGAAAUGAGCGGCAGUUUCGAGGAUGCAGACACGCGAGUUGCAACUCCUCGGCAGCGUGCAGUGUUCACAUUCAUUACACAGAGCGUCUUCUAUGCUCUCGGAAGUACUAGACAGCUUUUGCGCUCAUUUCGGGAGGGUGCGAGUCACCCAGCCAAUAAACUUGACCUCCAACAGCUCCAGCCUGCAUUACGGAAACUCUUCUCCAUCUGUCCCAAGGACAUCAUAUUUCACAGCCUUUGGAAUGCUUUGGAGGCCUUGUUUGUUCCACCUAGGGAGCUGUCAACGUCAGGGAGAUCCUCCCGUCGUUCAUCUUCCAAUUCUAACCCUGCCACUACUGUCUCUGCCCCCAUUAUUAUCCGCCGUGCGUCCGAGACUGUCGGCCACCAGUACGUUACCGAUGCCAAUGCAGCGGAUGUUACAGCGGUUGUUCUUUUCGCAUUAGCAAGUUCUCUUCCCGAAAUAGAUCCUUCAACUUGGAGCUGUAUGGUUCGAAUGCGAUCCACUGGGAACGUGGCGAUGAGCGCUGUCAUGGAGCUGUUUCGGCUGCGUGAGGCCCAGCUGGUUGUUGAAGCUACAGACGUGCUAGAACAUGAGCUGGCUCUUCGGUUAGUUGAUCGUUUGGUACGCGCCCUUACCGCGAGGUUAGCAUUCCACGAAAUAUCCAAAACUCGUUCUGGGUAUAUCCAAGAUUCAUCGAAACGUAAAAACAACGUUUUGGACUACCUCAUCGAAACACUCGGUCAGCAUCAUGAUCUUGUGACAGAGCGAAAGAACCACGGGGACACGAGCCUGCGCUCACCGAGCACCCCGGCGAUCAUCACCGAGUGGCUACGUACCCUUUUCAUGAAAAGUUGGGAUGGGAAUCCUGAAAUAUCGAGAAGCAGUUCACAAGGGGGUGUCGUACAGAUUCUGUCGGUACUUCAUAAAGAGCGGACCCGCCUUGGCCUUGCGUCGGAGGAUUUCUAUACACCUUUUCUUUCUGAACGCCUGGAUCCUCUCGAAAUGCCUGUGCAAUGGUUGGCAAGAGUGCCUAAUAAUAAGACACUCCAUCUGUUGUCUUACUCGUUUUUAUUCCCGCCCUCCGCCCUAGUCAUAUACUUCCGUGCUCUUAACUAUUCAGCCAUGUCAAAAUAUUAUGAAGCAGCCUUGACAACCACGAAACAUGUGUAUCAGACUGCCUUUGGUGCUAUGGAUAUCCAGGAUGAUGUUGGCCUUAUUCCUAGAUUGCGAACCUCAAUGACCACCUAUUUUGUCCUUGUUAUCCGGCGAGAUAACAUACUCACAGACGCCUUGAACCAGCUUUGGCGGCGGGAAAGACGUGAGCUUAUGCGGCCCCUGAAGGUCCAAAUGGGCAUGGAUGAAGGGGAGGAGGGGCUCGAUCACGGCGGCGUACAACAAGAAUUCUUCCGGUUGUUGAUGGCGGAGGCUCUUGAUCCAUCAUACGGCAUGUUCACAACGGAUAGUCGCACGCGGUGCUCAUGGUUUCAACCUUGCUCAUGGGAGCCGCUCUACAAGUUUGAAAUUCUUGGGUUAUUGAUGUCACUCGCAGUUUACAAUGGCCUGACCCUCCCUGUGAAUUUCCCAUUAGCAUUUUAUAGGAAGCUACUGGGAUUGAAGGUCAAGCACUUGGACCAUAUUCGCGACGGGUGGCCGGAGCUGACCCGUGGUUUGGAAGAGCUACUACGUUGGAAUGAAGGCGAUGUCGCAGAUAUUUUCAUGAGGACGUAUGAGUUCGGUUUCGAGGCCUUUGGCCGCGUUGAGACGGUUGAUAUGGAAAAGGUCGAUAGAGAUGCACCGUGGCCGAACUCACUGCCUCCACAGUCCGGCCGCUCUGUGCGAUACUCUCCGUCGUGGUCCGAUGUCGGCCGUUAUACCGACCUAGCAAGUCUAAGCCCGCCCUCAUCCAUGGCUGCUGAAACGGCCGAUUCACAAGAUGAUACCGCCAAAUCAGCUAUAAGCCUGCCCCCUUUGCCCUCGCCUACUUCCCCAGCCGAGGAAGCCUCUUUGGUGACCAACGAAAAUCGUGGCCAAUUCGUCAAGGACUACAUUUUCUGGCUGACCGACAAGUCUAUUCGCCCCCAAUUUGAAGCCUUUGCACAGGGCUUCUAUACCUGCCUCGACCGAACAUCUCUGUCUAUCUUCACACCCGAAGCGCUGAAGACUGUGGUUGAAGGCAUCCAGGAAAUUGACAUUGCAGAACUGGAACGUCACGCGCGCUAUGAGGGCGGCUUCGGUGCGGGCCACCGGGUUAUCCAGGACUUUUGGAGUAUCGCGCAUCAAUUCUCCGCCGAGAAGAAGGCGCAGCUGCUGGAGUUUGUCACAGCGAGCGACCGAGUGCCGGUCAAUGGGAUUUCGAGCAUUAUGUUUGUUAUCCAAAAAAAUGGCGUGGGUGAUGCUCGCCUUCCAACCAGUUUGACCUGCUUUGGACGACUCCUGCUGCCCGAGUACUCUUCGAAGAGCGUGCUGGAAGAGAAGCUGAACAAGGCAUUGGAGAAUGCGCGGGGAUUCGGCGUUGCGUGAUGGGUCGAUCGGCUGGCGUCUCUAUAUAUUCGAAUGUAUAUAGGUAGAUCAAUUAUACACUUCUAAUUCCACUCGA